AUGAUUGGCGGUGAGGGCAUCGCCAAGAGGGCGGAAAGGAUCCAAGGAAAGCGACCUGUCGAUUCAGCCGGGACCCGAGAGACGAGCUUUGAUGAGGCGACGCAAGCACACGUAUUUGUCGCAAAGGCAUGCGCCAAGCGGCCGGGCUCGCUCCGGCAGGGCUUACCGAUGGUUCAAACAAGCUUAGAAGCAAAGGUGAGACAGCAAGUCGGGCCUAAGACGAGGCAGCUCCGGCAUCGGUCGGCUGAUGACCUGUGUGACGGUUUCAAGGCGUACAGGCUCCACGCUUGCGACCUGCAUGGAAGGUGCACCGGCGGACAGUUGUUUGCCUUGGAUGUACAUUGCAUGCUCGGCGCCGUUCUCCGAGUCGAACUCGGCGAAGCGAGAGAAGACGCCGAAUGGGCCUUUCGAAAGCCAAAGCUGACCGGAUCACGCAACGACGGUGGCUCGGGCAAGUGCACGAUAUGGUUUGAGACAACGGCUGCGGCUGCGGCUGCGACAUUGUCGCCGACAACAGAAACAGCCGACGCAGAUGGGUGA